AUGACCUCCUCCACUGAUGAUUCUGGUGACAUCUCUGCAGAGUUGUUAUGCCAGUCCACUACACCUACAAGCUCUGCAACUCAGACCGAAAGCAUGCCUGUGCUGUCUCAAUCUGGUUCUACAAGUGCUCCUGACAUCCACACUUCCUGUCCAACUCAAGCCUCUAGAUCUGCCACAGGCAAGAAGAACUUGACAUGGUCGGGUGCCAAUGUUCUUCACCUUGUCAUGAUCCUCUACAACAACGACUCUUACCAGCACACUCUGCUGCCAUCUCGAGAAUUGGCUGAGAGCAAUCCAGCCCUCAAACUUUGCAAACAUCCCAUUUUUUGGGAUAUCUCCAAGAUGAUUUUCCCAGGUGCAUCUGUCAAUCCCAAUUGCAUCAAGUCCAAGCUGAGGUGGCUGCUAGAGACAUACUACAGGGAGAAGAAGAAGCUUUCACCCACUGGAGCUGGUACACUGCUGGAGGACAUGGAUGCAUCCAACCUGCCCUACAUAUCUUGCAUUGCCCUGUCAACAAAGUAUGCUGUCAUGGGCCUGGAUGCUCAAGAAGCAGGAGGGUCACGGGUUCAUAUGGAAGGAGCACAGGUAUCGAAGAUCUAG